UAUUAGUAGAUACAGGAUCAUAUGCAUCCAAAAAAAAAAAAAAAGAAAAAAAAGAAAAAAUAAAUAAAAAUAAAAAGCUCUUCUGGUUUCAAUGUUUAUAAUUUUAAAAAUAUGUUGAAUGCAUAUAGCAUGGUGAACUUGUUGUUGAAUCAAAUACAUUGAUUGGUUGGAUAUUUCAAAUUUUAUAAAGUGUGCAGAAGUAAUACUUUCAUUCUCUUGCAGAGAUCUACAAUGCCACCGAAACGGAAGCAAACUCCAGCCAAAAACCCAACAAAGAGGCAAAAAAUGGCCACCAAGCAACCUGAAGUGACACCACAGCCUACUACAGCCAUUGAGCACCCUGAAGUGAUCCCGGGGCCUGCCUAUGGACAAAUUGAUUAUAACAAACUAGCUGAAGCCAUGUUAGCCAUAUCUAAGCAACAACCUGAAAACGCCCCCUCGCAAAACACAUCAGAUGACAGACAGAUGCCUGUGACCUUGGAAUCUCCUUCCACAUCUCAAAGUGCUGAGCCAGCAACGACUUCCACAUUGGGAACUCUUUUGGAUCAAAUUUUCCUUGGGGACCGCUCUACACACAAGGACUUAAGCCCACUGAGAGGCCUUCAGGAUAGCACCUCACUUGAAUCCCAGUCAAACAGUGGUGCCCAAGGACCUCUUGUCGAUUUGAGCCCAAUCAGUAGGCAAUUGCUGACUUCAUCUCUUUCAUCAUCCACAGCCCUAGCAUAUCGCAAAAGUUGGCAGUAUUUACUGAAAUGGAAGCCAGGACUUUCACUACCAAUAUCGGUGACUGAUGUAUGUAACUUCAUUGGUGUAUUGUUCUCCAAUAACUACUCCCCCAGUUCUAUUUUAUCACAUAUGUCGGCUAUCAGUUUUGUUCAUAAAAUUUGUAAUAUGUCAGACCCCACUCAGGCAUUUGUGGUUAAGAAAAUUCUUAAAGGCUGUCAAACAUUGGGCCCAAGGAAAGACACUCGCUUACCAAUAACUGCACCUAUUCUACAAAGACUAGUACAGGCCCUUGAUCACACAGUCAAACUCUUCUCGCUAAGAGUGCUGUUUCGUGCAGUGUUUUUGAUGGCUUUCCAUGCGUUUUUAAGGUUAGGGGAACUAACAGUGAAAUCUGCAAAGGGUAGCGAUAAAGUUUUGCAAAGGGAAGAUGUAACAUUUGAACACAAAUCAAACUCGAUUGUAGGAGUUCAAAUCAUCAUGAGAGAAUACAAAACAAACAAACACAACAAACCGUUAGUAAUUUACCUGCAAGCAAGUCCAAAUUCCCAAUAUUGUCCAGUUCAGGCAUUGUCUAACUAUGUUCAAACUUUCAACCACAAGACUGGACCUUUGUUUCAAACAAUGGAUGGUUCACCUGUGUCUUAUUCAUUAGUAACUACACAUUUGAAGACUGCAAUACAAUUUAUUGGAUUAGAUACAGAUAGCUUUAAGGGUCACAGUUUCAGGAUUGGUGCUGCUACUCAUGCAGCCUCCUUAGGCUAUUCUGAACAAGUUAUUCAAAAAUUAGGCAGGUGGAAUUCUGAUGCCUUUCGUCGAUACAUUAGAAUCCAGUCAUUUAAAAUAUAGGCAUUUGUAAAUAUACAUUGUAUUUCUCAUUGACAUACUCGACUCGAUGCUACCAUAAAAGCCUUCUCAGGGGUUUACAUUAAAUGUCAAAAUUACAAUAGGUAACUGAUCUAAACCGUCUAAAGAAAACGUAACAUACAGUCGGAACCAGGUCAGAAGUCAUCUGUUGGUUUCGUAUUGUAUCCAUAAAGAUUUAUAGUCCGAAAUGAUCUAAACUGUCUAAAGAAAACGUAACAUACAGUAGGAACCAAGUCAGUAGUCAUCUGUUGGUUCCGUAUUGUAUCCAUAAAGAUUUAAAGUCCCAAUUACAUUCUCUUUUGUUGGUCAGAAGUGGUCUGCAGCUAUAGGGCCCAAUUUGCAUGCAGCUUAGCCUAGGUUUCACAUUUUUGUUGACGGGGCAGAAGUCGUCUGCAAUCAACAAGUCCAAUACUAAGAACUAGAACUGCCAUUGUGCCUGGCUUGUACCGGUAGUCCACGUUUAUUGUAUUUUCCUAAAAGCAUUUUUAUAGUUGAAAGCCUUUUACAGUUUUCGAUAACAUUUAGUAGUUACUGUUGUAUGUUUUAUAUUGUACCUGUAAAUAUGUAGAUAUAGAAACUUGUCUGAUAUUUACAAUUUUAAAAAUUUUAUACAUUUUUUUAUGGCUUGUGUUUUGCGUCUCCUGCCAAGACGCCUUUGGGUGGGUGGAUCCAAUUUGCAAUUGGAUUGUGGCUGUGUUUUAUGUUCUUUUACCCACCUUUUUUGAUAGCAGGCAGCAAUGUAACACAUUUAUUUUCAUGUAUGUUUAGAACUUUUUAUGUUUAAUAGGGGGUCAACUGAAGAUAUAUAAUAUGUAUACUAUACAUGACAAUGUUUUUCCAGGUUUUGAUUUCUUAAUUAGUCUGCUGGUUGAUCCCCCUUUUUUCUAUUGUAUAUCAUUUACAAUGACAUUAUGGUGCUGGGGGUCAGAUUGUGCAAUAUUGUGAUAAAGAUAUGUAAUAUUUUAUAUUUAAGUCCCCUUUCCUGACCCCCUUUCUUGUAUUGUAAAUAUGUUUUACUACUUUUACGUCAUUUACUUCAAUAAAUGACAUUUUUCACUUCAAUGAUGUUGUUUGUUUUUGCCUGCUUUAGCCAAAAAACAAGCUCAGUUGUCUGGCAGGAGAACUAAGGAACAUAAAUAAGUUAUUAUUGUAAAUAAUGACCUUUAUGUGACAUGUUCUUGUAUAUUUCUUUAUAUUAAAUUAUUGUAUAACAAUGUCUCUUUUGUAAUAGACUUAUGCAAUGUGUCAUCCGGGCUUUACUUAUGUAACUUGAUUUACCCCUUUCCGUAUUGUUUUCAACCAAUCAGCAAAGCGCUUUGCUAUCACGUGUCCAUUGUUUAUCUUUUUGCCAGAAGAGAAAGUCACGUCAUUUGUACUGCUCAAUUUUUUGUACCCACCAUCCAUCCCCUUCUUCCUCCAUGUGUUUUAUGUUCUUUUACCCACCUUUUUUGAUAGCAGGCAGCAAUGUAACACAUUUAUUUUCAUGUAUGUUUAGAACUUUUUAUGUUUAAUAGGGGGUCAACUGAAGAUAUAUAAUAUGUAUACUAUACAUGACAAUGUUUUUCCAGGUUUUGAUUUCUUAAUUAGUCUGCUGGUUGAUCCCCCUUUUUUCUAUUGUAUAUCAUUUACAAUGACAUUAUGGUGCUGGGGGUCAGAUUGUGCAAUAUUGUGAUAAAGAUAUGUAAUAUUUUAUAUUUAAGUCCCCUUUCCUGACCCCCUUUCUUGUAUUGUAAAUAUGUUUUACUACUUUUACGUCAUUUACUUCAAUAAAUGACAUUUUUCACUUCAA